AACGCAGUCAGACCGCUCCGGUAGGUUCCAGUCUCGAUCCUGACUCGUCCGCUACGCACUCCGAGUUUUUCCAGUCAGCAAGCCACUGUAUGACUUCAUUGCUGACGACUAAAAGCGACUGCUGUAGUCGCAAAAUCCCGACAAGGAGGGAAAGUAUUGGCUCUCGGAGAGUGAAGAAAGGAUGACGGUAUAUUCCUUCGUCGACAGAGAAAACAUUUACUUUACACAGAAAUGCUGACAGCGUUAACUCAUUAGGCCUAUUUGGAUUGAAAUUAAUGAUCACGCAGGAAAAGGCGAGAAGCAAAGCCGCUCCUUUGACACACGUUUCAGCACUUGGCGACACUCUGUGUUUGUUAGUUUUUUCCGGCGAAGUUCGAUCCAUCAACAUUUCAUCGUUGACUUCGACGGAAACUGUCAGAGAAGGAUCGGCGAUGCCGUCGCAAGUCCGAGUUCAAUAGAUCUCCAAGUUUCGUCAGAUAAACUGCGCUGACUUUUCAGACGGUGAAGCUUGUCAUUGUGCCGUACAACUUCAAAGGGUGUUCAUUCUCCGUGCUAGGACAACUUAGGCCCUGGACGAUGGCGUUCGAAGUGUCCCCGAUAUUUAUCGUGCAGACUAUUGUUGGAAUAAUCGGGAUGCUGGGCAAUGCUCUAGUGUGCUUGGUUAUCUGGAGAGACCGUGCCAUGCACACCCUGACCAAUGCAUUCAUCUUCAAUCAAGCUACUGUGGAUUUCCUCGGCUCCGUCGUGAUGUUGUUGAGCAGCGUCAUCCCGACGCCGAGCCCCUUACCGCCCGGCGCAGGGGGUUUACUCCUCUGUAAAAUCUGGGUCUCCAACUACUUCCUCUGGGCCUUCUACGUCGUCUCCUCCUUCAACCUGGUUGCUCUCACCUUCGAGAGGUACUUGGCUAUAGUCUACCCCUUCAAGUUCCAGUCCAUGUGCACUCGGCUCGGGGCUACGGUGGUCAUAAUCUCCGUCUGGGUGGCUGGUUUUGCGGUGGCCAUCUACGCUACCGAGCUGUAUCGCUUUAACGUAGACCGCUGUGACCGUUACUUCGAUUUCAAGCUUCAGGUCAUCGGGAUCAUGGUGCCCGGCCUGCAGUUCUUCAUUCCGGUCGCCUCGAUGCUCUUCGCCUACAUCCACAUCAUGGUGGAGCUCAAGCGGAGCGCCGACCGACAAGGCAACAUGCGGACCGUCUCCGGGCCGUCCAACCCGGCCCACGAGUCGGCCGACGAGUCUCUGCUCCGGGCCCGGCGCAACACCUUCAAGACCCUGGUCAUCGUCUUCGCUGCUUUCGUCUGUUGCUGGUCGCUCAACGCGUCCCUCCUCCUCGGAGCCAACCUGGGCAACCCCUUCGACGACGCCUCCCCUGAGUACAUCUUCUCGGUGGCUUUGGUGGCCGCCAACUCGGCAGUCAACCCGUUCAUCUACGCGUUCAAGUACAAGCAAUUCAAAGCAGGCUUCAGGAAGCUCUUUUGCAAGCACAGAUCCGCAACGAUCCAGCCAGAGGCAAGUUUGAACUCAGUGCGAACUAGAAGCACUAACGUUACAGUCUGAACUAAACGAGAUCAGGUAGCCUGUACCAGAGCGCACAAAGGUAUAUUUUAUCGAUUCCGAAUGAAUGUCUGGUCAAAGUAUAUUUUCAUGCAUAACGUGCAUUUGAAACACCUACGAAACAUAUAUUUAACAAGCAUGUUCUUGCA